AUGUGGAAGAAGCUCAUUCUACUAUUUGCAUAUAUUCUGGCCAACGUCUCGGCUACACAGGUUCAGAAAUGUUCCGACGACAAACCCUUCCCGUUGGCCGUACGCGUGCUGAACUGUGAGAUACCUCCCUGCGAUGUUAUUAAGGGCAGUGUAAUGAUAUUCGAGAUCGAUUUUUACGUCAUGAAAUAUGUGACGAAGUUGACCACUUUGGUGAAGGCUACCACUUUGGGCAUAACAGUACCGUAUGAAUUGCCCGAUGAUGUACGUGAUGUCUGUUCGAAUCUUAUGCACGAAGCCUACUGUCCACUUUACGCUACCGAAGACGUGACGUAUCUCUUCACGUUCCCCAUUGGCAAUUACCCGGAGAUCAGUGUUAAAGUGGAAAUAUAUGUCGUUGAUCAGGAUCAGGAGGUGGCCACAUGUUUCGUUUGUAACAUUAAAGUGAAGAAGGGAUCCACGAGAAAUAGUACGAUAUAUGAAAUUGACUAUUAA